GGGGACAGAGAGGGAUGGGACGAAGAGGAGGUGACAGCACAGCUCACUGCAGCACGGGGCCAGCCAGGAGGGCCCAACCACACCGGGGCCAGCCAGGAGGGGCCGCCAAAUCCCCACCACCAUCGCCACCACCACCACCACCCUGUAACCCCCCUCAUCCCCAUCCCAUCCUUCCGCUCCCUUCCUUUCUUUCUCCCUCCCUCCAUCCCUCCCUACCAUUGCGGCCUCCGGGAGGGGGAUGCGAGCCGUGGGGGUGCUGGGGCUGGGGGCCCUGCUGGCCUGGCUGCCCCCUGCCCACACCGACACUUUCUCAGCUCUGCGCAGCGUCCGUCAGGCGCGGGGCAAUGAGGGGCGGCUGCUGCGGAGGCUCCGUGCGUAUCUGCGGGAGGAGAGCGCCCGGCUCCGCCGCCUGAGCAGGUUCUAUGAGAAGGUCCGGGCACUGCACCAGGACCCCGGCGCCUCGGUGGACAACCCUUUGUCGGCCUUCAGCCUCAUCAAGCGCCUGAGCUCCGACUGGCCCAGCGUCGUCUACAGCAGCGAGGCCACUGAAAACAGCCGUG